UAUCAGAAGUAGGCCCCAACCUAGGCAAGAAAACAUCAACAUUGUUAGAAAUGACAAAUAACCGCCGCGAGGGUCACGAUCACGAUCAUGAUCAUGAUCAUGCAGCAGCAACAACAACAACGUCAUCAAUCUUCGAUAAACAGAGUGGAACGAACUGAACCCAUGGAAGAGAAAUCCCCAAAGAAGAUCACUUUUUCAUAAUGGGGAAGCUAAUAACCACCACUAAGCCUCUCAUCUUCUACUCCAAGCUCCUCUGUUUUUCUCUGCUCUAUCUCUUCACCACUCUUUUCCUUGCUUUCUAUUCUCUCUCUCACUCCAAAUGCUUCUUUCGAUCCUCCCCUUUGGAUCCUCUUCAGAAUUCCCUCUUCUCUUACCCCUCUUCCUACGGAGAACACAAGUACGCUGUUCCAACCACCCGUUCGACAUGCUCCUCCCCUGUUUUUUUCUCAGAUUACUGGGACGUUGUGCAGGAGAUCAAGAGUCUCCGCGAGACCAACCGGCCUUAUUCUGGGGCAUUGCGGUAUGUGGGGGGCAAUGCUGAUAGUUUUGGAGGAAAUCUCAGCACCCUUGCCAGAUUUUCCUAUUUUGAUCAUCAAAAUCGUAACACCGAAGUUCUCUGCGGAUUUCUCAAGAAGUUUCCAGUCAGUGAAUCUGAUCAAAUUGCGAUGGAACAGUGUGACAGUGUGGUUGUGGUUUCAGCAAUCUUCAAUGAUCAUGAUAAAAUCCGACAACCAAAGGGUCUUGGGUCCAUCACAUUGCAGGAAGUGUGUUUUUUUAUGUUUGUAGACGACGUUACCCUCAAAGGUUUUGAACAUCACGGAUUGAUUUUAAUGAAUUCAACAGAAUACAAUAUAGGAGUGUGGAGGAUUGUGAAGGUUGCUAAAGAGAAUUUGUAUCAGAACCCAGCGAUGAACGGGGUUAUACCAAAGUAUUUACUCCACAGACUAUUCCCGAAUUCCCAAUUCAGCAUUUGGAUAGAUGCAAAGAUGCAACUAAUGGUUGAUCCGUUGUUGUUGAUUCAUUCACUCGUUAUAUCUGAUGAUGUCGACAUGGCUAUAUCAAAGCACCCUUUUUAUGUUCAUACCAUGGAAGAAGCAAUGGCAACUGCAAGGUGGAAGAAAUGGUUGGAUGUCAAUGCCCUGAAGGUGCAAAUGGAGACAUACUGUGAAAAUGGACUGCAACCAUGGACUCCCAAAAAAAAGCCUUAUGAUUCAGAUGUACCAGAUAGUGCUUUGAUAUUGAGGAGACAUGGACUCGGUAGCAACCUCUUCUCAUGCCUUGUAUUCAACGAGUUGGAGGCAUUUAACCCAAGAGAUCAAUUACCGUUUGCAUUUGUGAGAGAUAAGAUGAAGCCGGAGGUGAAGAUAAACAUGUUUGAGGUGGAAGUUUUGGAACAGGUGGCAGUGGAGUUCAGACACAAUCUGAGGAGCAGUGAUGGGACCACUUUUAAGAAAGUGUCGAGUUCGGGAAAAGCCAAAAGAGCACACCCUGAUUUGCUGUAUGUGAAUGGAAGUUGUUGCAGCAAGUGCCAGAAGUAUCUUUCGAUAAUGUGGGGUGAUACAUCAAAUGAUGAAGGACCCCAUUAAAGAGAGAUAGUAAGAGAAAUUCUUUUGUUUAUAUAAUAUAUAAAGAUCGAUUCUUUUGAUUA